UUUGUUAUAAUGUUGCAGGCGAGUCGCUGCGUUUAAAACGUGCUUCGAAACUAACGCAGAUGGAAAACAGUCCAACUCCCAAUGAAAAGUACCUGCACGAUUUUACUUAUCAUGGAAAGGCAUAUUCGGUCAGUGAAGCGAAAGAGGUCUUAUCCCCAUAUUUGGAUGGCAGUGGAUCUGUGGACCUGGAAAAGGACGAUAAUGGCAUCGCCAAAAUCUGUUUAAACAAUCCUCGCCUCAAGAACGCCAUAAGUCCGGACGCUGGACGCCGCUGAGGCGAUGGACUUGGGUCUGGUGGACGGCACCGUGGCCACUUUGGAGGACGCUGGAACGUGGCUGUCCGGCAAGAUCAACAGGGACGUGAACGUGAUCCGGGCCAUCAAGCGCACGGUUUUGUGCUAUGACGACGACGACGAUUCCAAGGCGGAAGCGCGAGAACUGGAGCGCAGGAUAUUCGCACCACUCUGGGGUGGCACUGCCAAUCAGGCAGCACUCCUAAAGCGCCUAAAGCACAACAGAUGAAACCAGUGGCGUGGAGAACUCGACAUUUUUCCAAUUCUAGUCUAAUAUUCCAAAAAAAAACCCCCGAUUGAAGCAUUUUCUGUCAUAUUUUUGAUUAUACCUACCCGUUGUAGUAAAUACUAUAAUACUAAUUAAAACCAUAUUUAUACCUAGUCGCCACUCCUUCAAAACUCAGAGGUGACCGCCUCCUGAUUCGUAAUGCCACUGGAUGAAACCGUGUAUUCGUCUGAUGGAAAAAUAACACACUCCUGUCGUACCUAUUACUUGCUAUUUUUGUGGCUAUUAUACAUAUAUAUUAAUAUGAUAAUACUAUGACUUAAUGUGUAUGGGACAUUUCAAUUUUGCUUUUCUCCAACGGUGAAUAUUUUUCGGAAAAUACAUUUGUUUUUAUACUAUUUUACCAUUUACUGCUGUCUUACAAUUAUUAUUUUUACUAACAUAUUAUAUUUGUAUUUAUAAUUAACUAUACAUUACACCAAAAUUAUAUUA